AUGAAGUGGGUAUAUAAAGAAGAAAAUCCAUUCGAGAAACGCCGUGCAGAAGGCGAGAAGAUCAGACGAAAAUAUCCCGAUAGGAUACCCGUAAUCGUUGAGAAAGCACCAAAAUCGCGUCUUCGUGAUCUGGACAAGAAGAAAUAUUUGGUGCCGUCGGAUUUGACUGUUGGACAGUUUUAUUUUCUUAUACGCAAAAGAAUACAUUUACGUCCCGAGGAUGCUCUCUUCUUCUUUGUGAAUAACGUAAUACCGCAGACGAUGACAACAAUGGGACAGUUAUAUCAGGUUUGGUUUAUUUAUUAUUUAUUAUUAUUAUAUUAUUAA